GAGUACACUGAUGGUGCUCAGAUGAUUGCUCAUCACUAUCUCCCUCUAGCUCUCCUCCUCCUUCCUCUAUGGGUACUGCAUUUGUGUUCACCACUCUCUCGCUCUCUCUCUCUCUCUCUCUCUCUCCCCUCCCCCUUGGGCACACACGCACAUACAAACACAGUUAAACGCACACACAGAAACUGAUGCAAGUUCCCCUAUCUGUCAGAGCCAGUUCCUCCAUUUAAGAUGCUGACUUGUUUAUGUUGAACGGGAAAGUGAAUGUCUUUUGUUAGCUCUCCCACUCUACUUUCAGACUUUUUAAAAAUGUUCAUCUUUCAGCGAGUCCACCUUGUUGCAGGCGGAGGGAGCGUGAAGUCUGUUUUGUCGCUGAUUUGUGGUUGACAGAUACCUCCAGAUAUCACAGAGGUUGACUGACACAAAGCAGAUUGACAAGCAGAGAGAGAUUGGAUGAGUCGAUGACCGGCAGCUCUCCGUCCUGUGCCCACUCUCGCUGCCCCGGGCACAUACACUCAUAGAGGACACAGAAGAAGAGGAGGAGGAGCAGGAGGAGCAGGAGGAGCAGGGUCAACCAUGGAGCUGUAGGGGACACGCUCAGAUGCCGGUGCGGAUUACCAGUGGAGGAGGAGUGCCGCUGAGGAGAAGAGCUCUGCAAUGAACAAGACCAAGAGGAAGCCCAAUGGAGAGAGCAGGAAGCUGGUCCAGCGGAGGAGGAACACAUGUCCUAGUCCUCAGGACAUCACCCGGGCCCUGCAGAGCCCCAGCUCGGCCCCCAGCGUCAGCGCCGCCAGCCUGGAUGAGCUCAUCCAGCGCUGCCUGAACUGCUUCGAUUCGGAGGGGAAGCUCUCCAGCCCCAGAGGGACCCAGCUGGUCCACAUGACCCUGAUGAUGCACAGUUGGGUCGUAACGUCUCAGAUGUUCGCCCAGAAACUCCUCGCCCUUUAUAAGGAUUGUCCCUCGGACAAGAGGGGGCCGAAGCGGACCCAGAUCUGCCACCUCAUCAGGCAGUGGAUCAGCCAGUUCCCGGCGGUGUUCGAGGCGGACCCCCUCCUUGAGCAGACCAUGGGGGACCUGUGGGCGCUGGUCCGCUCAGACGGAGAGGAGACGCACUCGCACCUCAUCGACACCUCCUGCUUAGGCCCUCAUGGGAACAUAUUCCAGGCGCCCUCGCCCUCUGUGAAGAAGAGGAAGGUGUCUUUGAUCUUCGACCACAUGGAGCCAGAAGAGAUGGCCCAGCACCUCAGCUACCUGGAGUUCAAGAACUUCUGUAACGUUUCAUUCCUGGACUACCGGAGCUACGUGGUUCGAGGCUCGGUGAGGGACAACCCCGCUCUGGAGCGCUCGGUCAUGAUGUGUAACGGGGUCUCCCAGUGGGUCCAGCUGAUGAUCCUCAGCAGACACACGGCCCAGCAGAGAGCCCAGGUCUUCACCAAGUUCAUCCACGUGGCUCAGAAGCUCCGAGCGCUGCAAAACUUUAACACUCUAAUGGCCGUGACUGGAGGCCUCUGCCACAGCUCCAUCUCCCGUCUCAAAGACACCUCGAACCUGCUGCCUCCCGAUGUCACAAAGGCCCUGAGUGAGAUGACAGAGCUGCUCUCCUCGCGCAGCAACUACAUCAACUACCGGCGGGUCUACAACAUGUGCAGCGGCUUCAAGGUGCCCAUCCUGGGGGUCCACCUGAAGGACCUGAUCUCGCUGAACGAGGCCCUGCCGGACUACAUCAACGAGGACAAGAUCAACCUGAGCAAGCUGGAGCACCUGUACAGCAACAUCAGCGACCUGGUGGCCAUUCACAGCUGCACGCCGCCCUUCGAGGCCAACAAAGACCUUCUGCAUCUGCUCACGCUCUCUCUAGAUUUAUACUACACCGAGGAUGAGAUAUAUGAACUUUCAUACACCAAGGAGCCCAAGAACACCAAGAUCCAGCCCGUUGCUCCGGUUAAAGCGCCUGUAGUGGCGGAGUGGGGCUCAGGGGUCACCCCCAGGCUCGACCCCGACACCAUCUCCAAGCACGUCAAGCAGACGGUGGAUUCCAUAAUGAAGAACUACGACCAGAGCCAGCACGGUUACAUUGCACUGGAGGAUUUUGAGAAAAUAGCAGCCAACUUCCCCUUCUCCUUCUGCACUCACGAAACUGACAGGGAAGGACAAAUCAGCCGUGAAGAAAUCACCUCUUACUUCAUGAGGGGAAUGUCUAUAUGUGCCAAGCUGGGCUUCAACUUCAACGCACACAACUUCCACGAAACCACAUAUAAGCGGCCCACAUUCUGCGAGACGUGUGGAGGCUUUAUGUGGGGAGUCAUCAAACAGGGCUACCACUGUAAAGACUGUGGGAUAAACUGUCACAGACACUGCAGAGAUCGGGUGGGGGUGGAGUGCUUGAAGAAACACAAAAACACGACGGGGUCCUGCCCGUGCACCCCGGCCCCCAACUCAAGAACCGAAGGUUCAGAGAAGGAGGCCUUCGUUUUCCCCCAAAGUAAUGAGACAGAAAACAACCAGGGCGUGUCGGAGCGCUCCACUCAGACGGAUCCGGGAGUGUGGACGCCGGAGAAAAGGGACAAGAGGGGAAACCACCACAACUUCCUCGUGCACACAUCGCCGGAGAGAAAGCUCAACACAACGCCACAGAGGAGCCGAGGCUGCUCCAUGCCUGUGUCCUUCCUGCAGGAGAAGAUGGAGGAGCUGCAUCUCCACGAAGACAAGAGCAGAGAGCCAGACUGAGCACCCCCCACGCCCCUCCCCCCACGGACACAAACACCACCACGUUUCUGACGAACGCUGCCUCUGACUGGUGUUGAACUGAUGAGAAUAACUGGCCAUAUGUGUCAGAACGCCAGCGGUCAUAUGUACGACUCCCUCGUGUAUCCAGUAUGACUGACUUGUUAUUUUAUUUGUUGUCAGUCUUGAGUUCGACUUGUCGUUCAGGCUUCAAGCACCGACCGUCCUGCUGUAAUUUAUGAACACCUCACUCUAUUCGCUCAUUAGUGACGACAGACAGGAGUUUCCUGGUCCACACACACACACACACAGGGUAGGAAAUAAACACUAAGCGUUGAAAUUAUCACUUUGGCAGCUAUGACAACUUUGCUCAUGAAUUUGAAAAGUAAGCCAGCAAAACCUCUUUAGAAUUGCUAUUUGUUGGGCUUGGUGUCAAGUGACUUGAGGAUGUAGACAUGAGACAAUUUGUCAACCAGGAGAUAUCGCUAUACUGUGUAUACGGUAUCUAUUUCUUUAUUAUCUCUGGUUAUAUUACAGGCCAGACAAUUUUGUAAAUCCCCCAAGCCCUUUCUUCAGGGCGAUAGAGGACUGACAGAAUCUUUGCACACUGAUCAACUACCAUGACGUUUCCAUCUGGUUAGCUAGUUAAUUGAGAGAAAAUGUUCCAUCGUUUCAACAAAAGACAAUUAUAUUUGAAUAUAUAAAUCAUGAUAUUAGACUAUAGUGGAAGGAGUAUGUGAAGUUUAAUCCAGGAACCACCCUAACCAACAGUGGAAAAUGUUAAUUUCCUGCCCUGUCAAUAUUUUUACUUUCAAACAGUUCAUUCGUGGUUCAACAGAACAACACUGAAACUUAUUUUUUCUUUGUUUUUUUAAAAUGCUAAAUGUUUGUUUUAUCCUCUGUCCACAGUGUUGUUGAAAAUAAGAACACCAGCAAUGAUAAAUCA